AUGCCCUUCCACGACCUUAACGUGCCGUACACGGCCAACCACGCCGACCAGUCGCACACAUUAGCCUUCCACGCCGAACUGGGGUACUCGGUUGUAGCGGUGUCGGUGGCCGAGACCGGCAAGCUGCCUCCCACACUCCCAACGAUCCCCGUCUCUGCUCUGACCGUGCCCAAGUCUAUCACGACGGUCCUGACACGGCUGACGCUCACCAUCUCGGACGCGGCACAGAACCACCGGCUGGCGUCCCUACAGUCGCAAUACUCGCUGCUGGCGCUGCGUCCGACGAACGAAAAAGCCCUCCAGCUCUGCUGCUCCUCGCUGGACUGCGACCUCAUCUCGCUCGACUUCAGCCAGCGCCUGCCGUUCUGGCUGAAGUUCACGACCGUGUCAUCGGCGCUGCAGCGCGGCGUGCGCUUCGAGAUCUGCUACGGCCCCGGCGUGCAGGGCGGAAACCCCGACGCGCGCAGGAACCUGAUCAGCGGGUCGGCGGCGCUGAUCCGCGCCACCAGAGGUCGAGGGAUCAUAUUGAGCAGCGAAGCGAAGAACGCGUUGGGCGUGAGGGGACCACACGAUGUCAUCAAUCUCGCCCAGGUCUGGGGUUUAGGACAGGAGAGGGGCAAAGAGGCACUAUGUGAAGAGGCUGGGAAGGUGGUCAGAUUGGCUGCCCUCAAGCGCAGCAGUUUCCGCGGCGUGGUCCAGGCGAUCGAGGGCGGGGCGGAGAAUACGAGUAUUCCUGCCAAAAAGGUCGAGAGACUCCAACAGACGCAGAAAGAGAAAGCCUCGAACCCUGCUCGUUGGGCGGGAGGGAAGAACAGCGUCGUCAGAGAGCAAGAAGCCACGAGAGGGAAAAACAGCGUCGUCAAAGAGCAAGGAACCACGAAAGACGGCCGAGAAGAGACGGAAACAGGUUUCUUCAACUUGAACGGCACGAAAAGGAAAUCUUCCACCGCAUCCUUGACACCCACACAGUCGGCACCAACCCGAGACGGCGAGGAGAAACAACCACUAUCCAAGCGCGAAACGAAAAGAAGAGCGAAGAAGGCAAGGCUGGAACGUCAAGAUGGUCCCCGUCCCAGACCAGGCGACCCCGAGGCUGCCUGCGUCUAA